CCAGUUUCAGUUUCUGUUUCCUAAAGUGAACUGCAGGAAAACAAGGAAGAAGCGCCAGGAAGUGCUUGCAUAUACAGGUUUCCUUAGUGUCUCUCUCGGAGGCAGAGGAGGGAGACUUCUGAAGAGCACCGUAGCCAGAGCCACAGCCUUCCAGCACCGCUAAGAAGCACUCCACAAUCAUGAGUGAGAGCACCAGGAAGGCCUUAGAGAGCUGCCUGUGGCAACUGAAAUGCCAUUUCACCUGGACCUUGGUGGAUGGAGGAAAGUCCCUGGAUGAUUUUGAAGACAAAGUGUGCGAUGCAACUGAAUUCCAGAACAAUGAGUUCAAAGCCACAGUGUUCAACAUACUGGCCUACAUAAAACACCGCAGAGGCCACAACAAGGCAGCCCUGGAAUGCCUCUGGCAGGCAGAGGAGCUGAUCCAGCGGGAGCACUCUGAUCAAGCAGAGAUCCGAAGUCUGGUCACCUGGGGUAACUAUGCCUGGGUCUAUUAUCACCUGGGCAGAUUUGCAGAUGCUCAGAUUUACGUGGACAAGGUAAGACGAGUAUGUGAGAAGUCUCACAGCCCCUACAGCUUAGAGAGCCCUGAACUAGACUUCCAGGAGGGGUGGGCCCGGUUACAGUGUGGCAGGAAGCACAACGAGAGGGCCAAGGUGUGCUUUGAGAAGGCUCUGGAAAGGAAUCCCAAGAACCCGGAAUUCAUCUCCGGACUAGCCAUUGCGAGCUACCGGCUGGAGACCUGGCCACUGCCUCAGAAUCCCAUCAACCCUCUGAGGCGGGCCAUUCGGCUGAAUCCUGACAACCAAUAUGUGAAAGUCCUUUUGGCUCUGAAACUUCAAAAGAUGAAGGAAGAAGGGGAAGGGGAGAGUCUUAUUGAGGAAGUGCUGGAGGAAACCUCAUGUGCAACAGAUGUGCUUUGCGGAGCAGCAAAACUGUAUCAAAGAAAAGGAGCACUGGACAAAGCUGUCGAACUGCUAAAAAAGGCUCUAGAAGGCAUGCCAAACAAUGCCUACCUGCACUGGCAUAUUGGAUGCCUCUAUAGGACAAAAGUCCUCGACCUAUUGCAGGACACAGGAAAGAAUGAAAUGUACGGGAAGAGAGAGAAGUUAGAAGAAGCCAUGGGACAAGCUGUGUAUCAUUUAAAGAGAGUGGAUGAGGCCAAUGCAAACCUAUCUUGUGUCUGCUCCUAUCUGGCCUGCCUCUAUGCCCAAGCAGGUCAGUACGACAAAGCAGAGCACUACUUCCAAAAAGAAUUCAGCAAAGAGCUUUCUCCUGGAGCCAAACAAGUGCUCCAUCUGCGUUAUGGCAACUUCCAGCUGUAUGAAAUGAAAAGAGAAGACAAGGCCAUCCAUCAUUUCAUAGAGGGCAUGAAAAUAGACCAGAAAUCAAAGGAGAAAGAAAAGAUGAAAAAUAAGCUGCAAAAAAUUGCCUGUAUCAGGCUUUCUAAAAACAGAACUGAUUCCGUGGCCUUGCACCUGUUGGCGUUUCUUCAGGAGCUGAAUGGAGAAAUGCAGCCAGCAGAGAACUCUGAGAGGCAUCUGGACUCUAGAAGCUUCAUCCCCCCAGCAUCUUUCGCUGAGGAAUGAGGAAUCAUGAUAUGGUGCCCAUGGGAUGAUGGAGGGGAGGGAACAGAAACCCCUCCGCCAACUGGGUGUUCACGAUAUUUGACAAGUGGUAAUGUGGGGUAGGCAUGGGCUGAGCUGCUGGCUAUGGGUCUGGACCAGGUUUGUGGAGGAAACUGCUGGGCCAAGUGUUAACAUAUGAAUUGCUCAGGGAGUUCUGACAGGGAGUAGAUUGGAUGGGGCAGGGCCCCGGGGCUUGGUAAGGGGGCUACUUCCCAUUGACGUCUUGGGAGCAAUUUGCAUUAUGACAUUCCCUUAGUCAUCCUCCGUGGGGUGAUGCCCUGGGUUUGUCUCUAUGUUUAUAUAAAGCAGCCAGAUCCCUCACAUCUGUAACACUGUGGUCCAUUUUUGUAAUAUUUUUCCACCCUUGGAGUCAUUUUAGAUCUUGUACAGUUUGGCCCUGCAUAGACAGUAAUGUGCUGUGUCCCUUCAAAGGCUGGAGGACCAAAGCCUCCAUAAAGCUAGGAAUCUCCUGUCCUUCACUUCUGCAUCCUCCCCAGACAGUCCUCAAUCUAGACUGUCCUAGAAAGCUUGAGUUCAAUUGUCCCAUUAUGUGAGAUGGGAACGUAGUUUGAAAAAAAGAGAGCAGAGAACAGGCUGAAUUAGAAGGAACAUAUCCAAGACAAGCAAUGGGGUUAGGCAAUCAGGGUUCAAGAGUUUCAGGAGGCACAUGGGUAGAUUUUGCCUCCAUCCUGCCCUCCCUAUGUUACAACAAAUGAAUAAAAAGGGAGAUUCUGUACAACAUGCCAGAAAGUAAAAUAAUACAUUUAUUUAAAACGUCUGGAAAAAUAAAUGUCACGCCAGUAGGGAUGGGGAUUGAGUAGACAAAAGAGAGAAACAGAGAAGAAUGCUGGUUUGUUCUUAAAGACUGUAAAUCAUACGGAGAAAAAUUUCACUUUCUUGGCCACUGUUAGGAAAAUUUCCUUGUAAGCUGAAGACUUGCUUUGUUCAAACAUGCUUGGCUGAGCCCAGGUCCAAGGUGAUAGGAAAGCAGCAGAACAGAAGGCUCAUUUGGAUGCCAAGGACCUAGUGAAAGACCUUGUAAAGUGACAUCACUAAUGGAGAGUUUUCUCCUCCAAUUAGACGUGUUAUAUAUUAGGUGAUAACAAAACUUUUUGCCCUGAAAAUCUUCAAGGAAACCACAAAAUUCAUGGUUUGUUUGGGGUGAUUGGGGUUUUCUGGGUGAAUACUGAAUGGCCAAUGAUAUCAGUUUUAGUGUGAAUCAAAACAGAGCUGACCCAGCACAAGACCCUCAGUCACCCUCUGGGUUGCAAAAUAUUUGCCUAUUCACAUUAUUUUAAAUUUAAAUAGUGAUUACCAGGGGCUGAGGGUUGGGAAAUAGGAGACAUGUCUUUUAAGGGUAAAAACUUACAAAUAAUAAAUAAGUCCUGAAGAUCUAAUGUAUAGUAUAACAACAAUGUGGUAUUAUAAUCAUCAAGAUCUAAUGUAUAGUAGACAACAACAUUGUAUUAUAAUCAUCAUACUUGCCAAGUUAGGGCAAGAUCUUGAUUAUUCACACCACAGCAAAGAAAUGAUAAAUAUAUGACACAAUAGAGGUGAUAACUAUCACUACAGUCAUAUUACAAUAUAUAAAUGUAUCAGAUGAACCUUAAAUUUGCGCAGUAUUAUAUGUAAAAUGUAUUUCAAUGAAAUUAAGUAUAUAUUAACAUUUUUAUUAAGCAGUUAAAACAUAUAAACUUCGGGAUUUUUUUAAAUUAAAAAUUCAACUACUGUAAUGGUUUUCAUGUUGUUUUCUGUAUUAAAAAUCAUGUUGUGUACACCGAGAUCACCAGUACGCAUAGUAUGGAUUCCUGAAAAAAUCUAUAGAUUUAAUUAAUAAAUAACUUAGAGGUGAUGGAACAUAAA